AUGUUCUUCAGCAAGUCCCAAUUCGCAGCCCUUCUGCUGUCGGCAUCUUCGGCCACGGCCAAGGCAGUCCUCGACAGCCGCCAGGCCGGAGUCGAGGAUCUUGGUUGGGGCCCUAUCUGUGGACUGCAGCCCACCAGGUCAGAGAUCAUCAGUACAACGAGCACAAUCUACCCGGGAAAGAUGCCGCAGGGUCAAAAGGGAUACCUUUUUGCAUGGAUCGGGAUCCAGGGAACGUCGAAAUCAGGACAGCAGGAGGGAGACCUGGUUCAGAGCAUCGUCGGCUCGUACCCUGCGGGAUCGAGCGAGUGCUCCGGCCCUGACGCCGAUUCCACUUGGUGCAUCUCUUCCGAGGUCUACGGCAACGAUGGGUCGGGCAACACAAUCCAAUUCGUGGGCGAAAAGAGGACGGCUGGCGUCAACUACGAGAACGGCAUCGUCUUCAACUACACUCUGGUCGACAAGUCGACCUACAUGUGGAAGCAGACCAUGACUGAUGCGGUCACGGGCGAAGUCCUUGCCACCUACAAGAAGACUUCCGGCCCCAUGACGCUGUGGAACACUGCCAUUGAGAAGCAGGACGCCAACGGCAACGACCCCACCGGCACGAACGAGCCCCAAUACUACGUCAACACGACUAUCGCCCUUGCUGAGGCCGACAGCUCAUACGCGGACGGCAUUUACGGCCAGAACGGUGCUACCUUCACUGACAUGACCACGUCCGACAAUGGCAAGACAUGGUUUAUCGAGAAGAUCACCAUCCCCGCCAUGAACUGA